AUGGAUCCCCAACAAUAUGCGGAAGCUGUUCACGACGAGGCUCCACCAGCUUAUGGAUAUCCGUACGGCUAUGAGCUUCCAGCAAUGCCGCUCCACGAACUUUCAGAUAGGCUUAUGCUUGCUCCAGAGCUUGAAGGAGACGAUGUCUUCGCUGAGCUGGAAGUUCUCAUGGAGCGAACCCAGGACCGCUCUCUCGAGUCUGACACGAGUCAAGCGUCGUUCUUAGAUCUGGAUGAGAUCGACGAGCGCGGUGCGACUCCCGUGGGACGCUCGCCCACAACUGCCGACGAGCCAAUGUUACUGUGGACUUUGAACACCCAGUACCAGUCUGUCUCAGUGCCCAGCAUGACCAGCGGACGGCAAUCUCGCAAGUCGUCGCCGUCGCCCGUAUCGCCUGUCACACCCAACGUCAACGGCAUUUGCUCCGCCCAGUUCUAUUCGGAUGCCAAUCGCCCCGCUAGCACCGUAUCGCCUCUUGAAAGUUUCCCACCCAACGAUUUCGAUUUGCCUAGGUCGUUUCGGAUGGACACAGACUGGGACCACGCUUCGUUUGAAGCGAAUCACGUGGAGUCUUUCCGAGGAAUCCCGCAGCAACCAGCAAAGGGUCUUGAUGGGCAACAAGAUGACCCAGCGGGAUCUUCGGUACCGUUUAGUUUUGCAAACCAUGAAUCGCAUGUUCCCGGUAUCCAGUCACCACCUGCACUAGGACAGUCUUUGCCGGAGUUGCGUUCGCAGUGGCAUGGCGCCACUGGUAUCCGCUACGGUACCUAUGAAUGCUCCGAUCAUCAGGGUUGGCGAUUUCGUGGCGGAUACGAUCAAGAUGUUGCUGAGGGUGGACACAUCAACUACCAGAAAUCAACAGCUAACCCACCGGAAUCCCCGCAAAUCGCCCAACCCUUCGGACGAAGCCAGGGGUCGUCGACCAACUUCGUUGAACUUGACGACCAUCAAUAUCCUCAGAUCUGCGAGCGGCUGGAACAAAGCGAAAUCGGUUUUCCGCUAGAGCACUGCAAAAAGUGCGAUAAGACGUUUAGUGGCAGGUAG